AAGAAGUCUAACAAAUAGUACUAAUACUUACGGUAUUGCAGGCCGAAGCUCCAACGCUCUUAUUACAUAUAGUACUAAUACUUAGUGCUCCCUUCAAGCUCAAGCUCUCACUCCAUGACUCACACUCGUAGAGCAGCAAAAGAUUUAAUAUCUGAUUCUCUUCCGAGUCUUGCUUAAUUCAGGUCUUGCCUAUAAUUUACAAGUUUUUAACAAAUAUUUUGAAGACCUGUCAAUUAACUCCUCAACCGUUAGACAGUGCGCAAUGAUCAUGGAAUUAGAUGAAAUUAGAUGGCUUGCCCAAUUAAAAGAGGCAGAAGAAAGAUUUAAAGAAAAGAAUCAAAUCUUAACUCCCAAGAUCCAAAGGGUACCUCUUUUGUUGCGACAAAACAAGAAGUUUACUAAGUACUGCUCGCCAAAGCUGAUAUCACUUGGUCCCAUCCAUCACAACCACAACCACAACAAUGAAAGCCUGAAGCUAGGAGAGGAUUAUAAGCUUUUAUGGACAUCAAAGUUUGUCACGAAAUACCAUGAAAACAUCAAUGAAGAUACCAACCAAGUGGCCCAAUUUUUGCUUAAAAGGAUAAAAGAUGAUAUCAAAGAAUUGAAAAACUUGUUUGAUGAGGAUACAAUAUUAUUAGGAUGGAAGAGCAAUGACAAUUACCUCGCUUGGAUGUUAUUUGUGGACGGAUGUUCUUUGCUCUAUUUCAUGGAGAAUAUUGACAUGCAGCAUCCAGAAGCACUAAACCUUGAGCUUGACCAAUUGAUGCAAAUGUGGAGAGAUAUGUGGCUGUUGGAGAAUCAACUUCCGAGAAAAUUGCUUGAAAUGCUAAGCAAAAAGAAAGGGAGUGACUUGGAUGAUUUGUUCCUCAAUUUUUGUGUCUUGGGUGAAUCCAAACGAUAUGGAAACGUGGUGGUCUCAAUUCACAAUCAUAAAGCAAUUCACAUACUUGAUUAUUAUCGCUCAAUAUUGAUUAGCCCACAUAAUCACAUGGAGGUAAAUACUAUAUCCCCAUACCAAGAUGAAGGGAAUAAUGAACAACACCAUGAUGUUGGUUGGUAUACUUACAAAAACAUACGAGAUUUGAAAAGAAUAGGGAUUCAAGUAAAGCCUCCUAAUUCCCCUAGGGGAAACUCAAUUGCAUGGAGUAAUAUUCGUUUCAACUCUAAAUGGAAUGGAGGAGAAUUGAGGCUUCCAAUAUUGAUGUUCAAUGACGUUACACCUUAUAUAUUUCGGAACCUCAUAGCGUACGAGAUGUGUCCAGAUGUGCAUUGCAGAUUUGAAUGUUGUUCGUUCUUUUCCUUCAUGGACUCAUUGAUUGACAAUGCGGAAGAUGUGAAGGAACUUAGGUUAAGUGGUGUAAUACAAAACAUGCUGAGAAGUGACGAAGACUUGGCCAAUCUCAUAAACGAAUUGGGCAAUGAUUUGCCAACUAACCUGUUCUUUGACAAAUUCCACUCCCGUGCCGUGACCUUUAGCGAGAAAUAUAUUAAGGUGAAGACCCAAAUUGAAAAGCAUUACUCAAACAGAUGGAGGAGAUGGUUAGCUACAGGCUACAAUACUUAUUUCAGCACCCCGUGGUCUAUAAUUGCCUUUUUGGCUGCAUUACUUGCAUUAGUUCUCUCUUUUCUCCAAACUUGGUUCACCAUACAUCCCAAUAAAUGAUUCAAAAUCCAGGAACGAACAGGCGUACUCUCGAUCAUGUGCAUGCAUACAUGCGUGUAUGUUUUUGUUAAUAAGGUGAUCUCCAUAUGACCCUCAAAAUCAAAUAAUGAUUUUUAGGGUUAGGAUCUAUCAAAGCGUGUUAGUAUAAGUGUUAGGUACGGUGCUGUCAAAAGAUAUUCUCGUUUACAAUAAAUAAUUUAGAAUAAUGAAAUAUGAUAUUUUAUUCAAUUA